AUGCCGGCAACUCUGCAGAGUUUGGGAGCUAGGGGCACCGCAUUCAAGGCAGCGACCAGCGGCCGUGCGAGCCUCUCAUCUCGCCCACAGCAGGCGCAGCAGCAGCGGCGGGCUCCCGUCUGCCACGGCCUUGAGCCCAGCGUCGCGGCGGCUGUGACGCAGCAGGCGAUCGCCUAUGCGGUGACUCUGGGCGCGGAGGGCGCCUUCAGCUACACGUCUGUGCCAGCGGGUGACAAGGGGCGGCCGCAGAUCCCCUUGAUCGGCGCCGGCGUUGCCGGCACCGCAGUGGCUGUCGCGCUGGUCAAGGGGGGCGGCGACGGGCCGCUCGCGUCAGCGGGCCUCAUCCUCGGGUUUGCGGUUGCGGGCGCCAUGCUGGCGGCCAGUGCGAAGCGCGCGGUGGACCUUGAGUAUACCGAUGGCGACUGGCCGGGGCCCAAGGUGUGGCCGGCGACCAUGGGCCUGAUCAGCUUCUUUGCCCUCAGCGUGUUCUGGCAGGCCUUCUUUUCGGCGGCGUUUGCCAAGUAA